AUUUGUCACAUGCGUGAUAAGGCUAUAUGCAGCAUAUCCCCGAUAUAUCUAAUUCUGGAAGCUGUCCAACAGUUGGUGGCAAGUUGGAAAAUGGUGCGGUUUGAAAUUCAUGGAAUCAAGCCGUGAUAAGCCGAAAGAUCGACUGUAUGGGAGGGGUUAGGUGUGUUUAACUGGCAUUUCUGCAGUCGUUUGAAAUUCCUGUUUUGAUCACAACAUGAAAGAUACCUCAUUACUCCGUCGAGAGCUCCGAGGCGGAGAAAUAUCGAGUGUAUCUUGUCGAAGCGUACCAUGCUAUGCACUGUCUCCGAAUGGUCCGCCUUCACUACAGAGCGUUGGAGACCGGUACUCCCUGGAUUGGAAUGUUGCACACGAUUAUCAUUGUUUCGAUUCGCUUCGUCAAUAUGUCAUGUGUAAUCCGGACUACACACUUUGGUACGUAAGUGGCCAUAGAGUCAAUAGCUAUAUGCAGGAGAAGACUUGUCAGGAUUGGGAUGCUUUGAGAGAUUGGACAGAGGAGCAUACUAGUAAUUAUUAUGAUCAGUAUGACAUGGAACCUGGCACAAUAGGGGAUAAUCUGUGGUACAACUAUCACGCUGGAGACGGGCUACCAGUUGGCAGCCUCUAAAGUACACAUGGGGGGUUUGAAGGGUAUUACCACCAUUGGACUUGUGAUGUGUAUAUUUUGGAUCUCUUGGGGUGGAGGCUAUAGCAAGUUUGAAUUCAAUUAUUCUUGUGAUGCUUCGUCAUCGCAAAUGAUGAAUUCGCCUCGUCUCUCUUCCAUACCACACAUCGAGACUAGCUCAAUAGCACCACCUUCCCUUCUAUCGGGAUUCUUCUUCUCCCAUACAAACAGCUCCAUGCCGUUGGAUCUGACUGGGAUACUGUCAAAAUCGUUGC